CCGGAAAAAAGAUCAAAGGCAAAGAAAAGACAAACAAGGGAAAGAAUGACUCUGAUGCAUUUCUGGAGGGAGUGGAGAAACACACAAGAGAUGAUGUGUCACACAUUCUCAACCAUCCUUCUUCUCCAUCAUCUUGAAUCACAGCUUCACUGACUAUAAACUUAAUAGUAGUAAAGAUGACACCAAAAGCAGCCGUGAUCGGAGCAGGGCCAGUUGGCUGUUUGACUGCCUUGGGAUUACAACAAAGAGGGUACGAAGUGCCUAACGGCACAGCAAACGGACAAUCUUCUGUGGCAAGCAGUAGUAAACAUCCACUUAGCAGAAGUAUCAAUUUAGCCAUAAGCGUACGUGGUUUGACAGCUUUGGAAUUCGUUGAUCCCUCGAUCGCUCAAAUGGUUUUGGAUAAUUCGGUUCCGAUGUAUGGAAGGAUGAUUCAUCAUAAACCCUCGCAAGAUUCGCGACCACAUGAGAAGAAUUUUGGAGAUACCAACGUCAAGCAAGAGAGUCAAGCAUAUAGUACACGCGGUGAUGCUAUCAAUUCUGUAUCGCGACUAUUACUUAGCCGAUUACUGUUGGAUGAAACGGUCAAUCAGGGAAUAGAGAUCCGGUGGGCACAUAGGCUGCAAGAUGUUCAAUUCUCGUAUAAAGGAACCGAAAAGAGCUUACUGAGAUUUGAAGUGGAUAAAGAACGUCAAGUGGAGGAAGUUGUGGAUAUGAUCGUAGGCUGUGAUGGACAUCAUAGCAGAAUAAGGAAAGCCAUUCAAACCGAAACGGAAAUGAAUGUCACCGAGACUUCCAUUGAUAAUCUCUAUUCAGAGCUUCACAUUCCCGCCAAAGAUGAACUCCCGCCACUUUUACGACACCGAGAUGCGGUCGAAGGAACUUCUCAUAAGCUCGUGAAUGGUAAAUAUGCAAUCGAUCCAAAUCACCUACACAUUUGGCCAAGGCACGAUUUCAUGUUGAUUGCCUUGGCAAACAAAGAUGGCUCUUUCACAUCAACAAUAUUUGCUCCACAACGAAUUUAUGACAAUUACCUACGUGAACCACAAUCGACAAUUGACUUUUUUGCCAAUCAGUUCCCGGAUGCGCUUCAGUUGAUCGGAGAAGAGGCUUUGGUACAGCAGAUUUGCGACCGUAAGCCAAGUCCUUUGGGUAUGGUUCGCUGUCAAUCAUACCAUGCACACGGACAAGCGAUCAUCUUGGGAGAUUCAGCGCAUGCCAUGGUACCCUUUUACGGACAAGGAUUGAAUUGCGGUUUAGAGGAUGUGCGUAUAUUUUUGGAAAUGCUUGAUGAGCAGAGCAGGUCGGAUAAGCUUACUCAUUCAACACAAGAAAAGGCGUUCCAACAAUAUUCUCAAUCCCGACAUGCUGAUUUGAUGGCUAUCAAUGAUUUAGCAUUGGCCAAUUUUGAAGAGAUGAGCAGUAAUGUGGUUCGUAAAUCAUACCUGUUACGUAAGAAGCUGGAUACGUUCUUGCUUCACAAUCUACCCGAAGGAUGGUGGUCUAGCUUAUACAUGAACGUAACAUUUUCGAAUAAAGGAUACCAUACCGUUCGUCAACGAGAAGCGUUCCAGAUCAAACUUUUACACGCCGUCAUGACAUCAACUGUUGUUGUUUCAUUGUUUGGCGUUGGUGUAUUGGCUACACGUUUUUGGAGUUGGAAUUAA